GUGGUCCUCGUUUCCGGUACCGGGGAUUCCCAUCGCCGAGAGCUUUUCCUUCUCAGUGUGGCUUGAUGGACAAAAAGGAGAGAGGGUGGGCUGGGAGGGGGGACGCCCCGAGCGUCGCGCUCUUCCCAUGGGCCCUGAGCCCGUUUGAUGUUCGUGUCCUAUUAGGGAACAAGCCCGGCUGAAAGCGCGCGUGGUGGAUCGGGACACGGAGGCCUGGCAGCGGGACCCCAGCUUCUCGGGCCUGCAGAAGGUCGGGGGCGUGGAUGUGUCCUUCGUGAAAGGGGACAGUGUCCGGGCCUGCGCUUCCCUGGUAGUGCUGAGCUACCCCGAGCUCAAGGUGGUGUAUGAGGACAGCCGCAUGGUUGGCCUGAAGGCCCCCUAUGUGUCAGGCUUCCUGGCCUUCCGAGAGGUCCCUUUCCUGGUGGAGUUGGUACAGCGGCUGCAAGAGAAGGAACCAGAUCUCAUGCCCCAGGUCGUUCUUGUGGAUGGAAACGGGGUGCUUCACCAACGAGGCUUCGGGGUGGCCUGCCACCUUGGUGUCCUUACAGAGCUGCCAUGCAUCGGGGUGGCCAAGAAGCUCCUGCAGGUGGAUGGACUGGAGAACAAUGCUCUGCACAAGGAGAAGAUUGUGCUCCUGCAGGCCGGAGGAGACACAUUUCCUCUGAUAGGCAGCUCUGGGACUGUCCUGGGAAUGGCCCUGAGGAGCCAUGACCACAGCACCAAGCCCCUCUAUGUCUCUGUGGGCCACAGAAUAAGCCUGGAGGUCGCUGUGCGCCUCACCCACCACUGCUGUAGGUUCCGGAUCCCAGAACCUAUACGCCAGGCUGACAUCCGCUCUCGAGAGUACAUCCGAAGGACUCUAGGGCAGCUUGGGGUGGCUCCUGCACAGAGAAAGGACAGGAGCCAGAAAGAGCAGAGGCCAAAUGCAUGCCCCCAAGGAGGCCCAGGAGCACUUGCAGAUCAAGGCAGGCCUCCUGAAUGCGACGGCAGAGACUCCAGCUCAGACCGGAAAGCCCCCGAGCCAGGCUUCCAGGAGCAGAAGGACCAGCAGUUGGAGGGAACCGGGCAUCAGGAAGACUCGGACCUCUGGCCUCCUUCUCCAGCCUGGGUACAGUCACCACCCUGAGAAGAUGAUCUCUAGGAGCAGUGGAGACCUCACCACAGUCACAGGUGGAGCACCACACCCCAGAGGCAACAGUGCAUGGAACUCCAGGAGGAUGCAGCGGGCUUAAUCCAGCGUGGGCCAGUGUAGGCCAGUGGCUGCCAGCCUCCUCCAUCACUGGCUAGUCAGUGUGGUCACCAUGCCCCAGCAGGACCAUAUUCCAGACCAGGAAGCACACACAAGCACCAAGAGUACAUGAAGGACUUCAGGCCUCGGGUGCCCAGAGGCCCUGCGGUUGGCAACCUGUGCCAGCAGCUCUGCCUUGCCCUCUUGGGAAUACAGACCUGGUUCUUCCUGGCUUUACCCUCAUGGGUCACUCUUACUUCACCAUCCCAGCCACGGGAGACUGUCAUCCGUGUCAUAGCCAGGCUGCAGCCCCCAAGGUGCCUGUCCUCAAGCUUGUUUGCCGCUGAGCUUGAGGGACCUGCAGUUGGGAAAGCCUCAAUCCUGGAGCAGGCUCAAGAGUGGGCGAUGGGGAGUCAGCUGCACAGAGGGUGCCAGAUGGGAAGCCGGUUGAGGCCCAUGGUGAGAAAGCCCCAGGCUCGGCUCCUCACUCCUCUUCCUGCCACCCUCUCACCAGAGAGCGUCAAAAUCCCAUCCCACUAAGAAGGCGGGUCUGUUCUAGCCUGGUGGCUUCUUGUCUGGGUGGCCUUGAAGGGGCUGCUGAGGCAGGCCAACAGCAGGGCUGCAGUGCCCUCCCUGUCCUCCCACACACAUUCUAGGCUCACCAGAGUGGCAUCUGAGCUGGGACACAGAGAUGGCACGCCUGUGACAUGUCUCUUGCCCUCACCCUAGUCCCCAGAUUCCCUGGAGGAGAGGUGACAGAUGGUGGGGAAGCUAGCUACUAAGUCCUGUGGAUACCCACAGGGGGUGGUCAGGAUGGGAUGACGGUCGGUGAUGGGGAAGGACAGACGGGUGGUUCUCCUGUGAUACCCAGGCCCAUUUAGACUCAGCUGGGCUGCUGCGACUCCCUCCUAAGUCAGUCCAUAGUGACUACCCCUUGGGGGUAGGUCUGCUGCUGCUGUCUCUGAUGGAGCUGGUGGCUCAUCCCCACUCCCUGGGGUUUCAGGUUUUGGAUAUAAGGAAGAUAGAUAUGUGGUUCUGUCACCCAGUAAAUGAAGUGUGGGGCAGGAGGCAGCCUCCCCACCACACACCUGGUAUGUAUAGGCCAGCCUCCAUGGGCAAGAACCCCACGGCCACCCAGGGUGUCCGAGCAGGACAUUCCUGCAGUGUCCACAUCCACCCACUGGCCCUCCGCAGUCUCUCACAAACAUUCUGUGCACACACACACAACCACACAUACACACUCUCUCUCUCUCUCUCUUCAUAUUCCCUGACACUCUUGUGGAAGCCAGAGCUGGAGGGCCUACAGCUGGCCCCACCAUCUGCCUUCCCAACUUCCAGACCUCUCCCUUCUCAAGCCCUGUCAAGACAGAGUUGUGGAGGGGGAAUUUGGAGGUGGGGGAAGGAAAAGGCUGAAGCUCAACCACAAUAGCUCGAACCAUUGAAAGCUUAGAUGUGAGGUGAGAAGUAAGGCAGCCGAGCUUGAGGGCCAGCACACAGCAUCCUUGUUUGAAGGGAAGCUGUUUAGAGAAGUAGGGCCCCAGAGGCCAAGGCCAUCAGUCCUUAAGACCAUCCUCACAGAUGUGGAGGAAAACAGCUUACAGAGUCCCCUGUCCAGGCCUCACCUGAGCAGGUAGCUCCUCCCACUCCUGUGAGACACCAAAGUGUGGCUGGGGACCCAGCCUGGUCACCCCAUCUCAUCUGUUCAACUCUUAACAGAAGACCUUCCCCAAGACACAGAAGUCAGGCCUGAUGCUGCUCAGCUUGGCACCUUCCAACACUCAGACUCUCCUCAGCCUGGGCAGAGUAGCUCUCCAGGCUGCUGUACAGGCAGACACUGCCAGGGGCCCACUCCCCACAUACUGAGGAGCAGGGCAGAACCUGAACGUGGCCUUCUAGACAACUUUUAUGUGAUUUGUUCUGAAAGAAAAUCCUUUCAGUCAUUAAAAUACAAUUUGUUUUGCACAGUGGAGUGUCUGGGGAGCCUGAGACCAGAGUCUCUGGGCAUGGGCUCAAGGCAACCCUGAGUAACAUAGGCCUGAGGCUUUGUCACAAACAAAAAGGAUUCAUUACCGUGUACAGCCAUUAUCACGCUUGCCUGCGCCAAAGCAUUUCUAUUGUCCCAAAGACAGCCCUGUACUAUUAGCUUCUAGUACUCUCCCAUACCCACAAGGGCCUGUCAGCCCAGCUGCCCCGCUGGGUGUGUGUGGCAGCCCAGAUUUUACCUGGCUGAGCUGCUACAGGGAGCUAAGAUAGUGAGGUGCCAGGGCCAGGGGGAUGCAAACUGAAGGAGCAGGGUGGAUAGAACAUAGAGUGUGGGCAAGUCUGGGGUGGGGCGUUCAGACACCCCAGACACCGGUGCUUGAGGGCAGGGGGCCCUAAGUGCAGUGGCGUCUCAGCUCCUUCCCGCAGAACCUUAAAAAUAGGGCCGCAGUGAUGUCCAUCUCAGCAGACCACAGCUCUCUAGAGCUAAGAAUAUUCUUGAACCUCUUAAUAAUUCAAGUCAGAUCCAAAUAGAUUUUCAUAUUCAUCUGCAGUUUCUGUGCCCCUUCCCAGCAUCCCUACCCCUGUCCGGCAGCUGGGAGAAGUUGGCUUCCAGGGGGAGGCAACCUAAACUAGCUGCUGUGUCUGUCACUCAGGACCCCAGUCAUCCCCAUUUCCUGCUCAUGGGACAACAAGAAUGGUGGACUGCCAGGGCUGGAGCCGCCUACUAUGAUCUAGCCAUGGCCAACCCUGAGGAGAGAGGCCCAAGCCAUCAUGGUUCCUACAUACCAGACAGGCCAGGCUAGGGAACCUUGACCCUUCCUCAACACCUCAAGAGAGCCAAUUGCUGUCUCCUGGCUUCUGGGGAGCCCAUAUGCUCCUUAGACCCCAAUGGGAGCAUACUGUCCUGCCUCCUCAGAAGAGUCCUUGAAGGGCUAGGUCUCGGGUUGAGACCUGGGGAUUGCAUCUGUACAGGGCUCCAGCCCCAGGUCUCUGUUCUUGAAUGCUAAGUGUGCCUGGCCAAGUCACUCUGCCUCUGGGUGACUCUUUCCUUGAUAGUGAGAUGGUGGGUGUAGUGUCUCCAGAGUCAGCAGGAUAUCAGCCUGGACCACCUUCCCCUCCCGAGAGUGCCAGGGUGAACACCCCCCCCCCAAAAACCCACUUGUCAGCCAAAGAUCUGGUAUCGAAGGUGAGGAGCAAGCAUCAGCGUCGUAAGGUAGAGGCUUACCCACCUGGCCCACUCACCCCAGCAGCAACCCAAUCCAGCAUCCCCACUGCACUGCCCUAACCAAUUGAUUAAUUAAAAGCAGAGGCACAGAACAGCGGCACGGGACCACUGACUUGCAGAUGAAUGGCCCAAGAAGUAGUCAGGUGGGUGUCGCCGUGGUGAUAGAAUAGGACUCUGGUUCCCAUUCCCCACACAGAGCAGGCGCCCGCUGCUCCAGGUCCUUAAAGGCUCCUGGGAAAUGGGAAGAUAAAGUGCAGGAGCCGGGACUCCAGGCAGAGGCACCUGGAUCAGGUCUUGAUGGAGAGGGUGUAGUUUGGGCUUGGGCUGGGAUUUUGUCUUGUUUUGUUUUAACAGGGUCUGAUCACAGCAGAACUGGAUGACCUUGAGCCUCUGGUCUUCCUUCUCCCAGCUCCUAGCAGUGGGGCCACAUUGCAGGUCUAUGCCACCACACUGAUGCUGGAGAUCAAAGCCAAGGCUCUGUGCUUGCUGAACAAACACGACCAACUGGGCUGGAGAGGUGGCUCAAUGGUUAAGAGCACUGACUGCUCUUCCAGAGGUCCCGAGUUCAACUCCCAGCAACCACAUGUUGGCUCACAACCAUCUGUAAUGGGAUCUGAUACCCUCUUCUGGUGUGUCUGAAGACAGCUACAGUGUGCUCAUAUACAUGAAAUAAAUAAAUCUUUAAAAAAAAAAAAAGAAAGAAAAAAAUACACUACCAACUGAAUGAC